AAAUGUGAUUUUGGCGCCGAAUAUUCCAAGUGAGUUUUGUGAUUCUGUAGCGCGGGAGUUUGUGUGUUUUUGUGUGGAUUUAGGGUUUGUCCACACCUUAACUUGUAGUUUUUGUUCAUCGUGAAGUUCAAGUGAAAGAAUUUCUGAGAGACAACAUGCAGCGAAGCAUUGCAUCAUUUUUCCAGCCAAAGAGCAAAGAUAAGGACAUUCAGAAGAAGGCGAUCGACGAGCCAGUGAAAAAAAUUGCCAAAAGCCCCCUCAAGGUGCAGAAUGGUGUGCAGGAAGUGGAUUCCCCCAUCAAGAAGAGUGGCAAACGCUGCCGUCAGAUCGUAGACAGCGAUGAAGACGAGGCCCCGCUAGUGAAGGAGCAAGCAGAGGAGCAAGGAGGAAGGAAAGCUCCUGCAAAAACAGAAAAGAAGGACGAUGUGUUCAAGGCAGUUCCCACCCCUCUGUCCCCACCACCUGCUCCAACCACACCCUCAACCCCUGCUACUCCAGCUACUCCCGCCUCUUCGGCUUCACCGGGAACGCCCAGCACCUCGGACUCCACCUCACCGUCGGGAAUCAGCAAACGCAAGACUGCGAGGAAGAUGUUUCCCAAGAGGAGGCUGGAGGAGGGCAGAAGUGAGAAAGCAGAGGGGCAGUCUGCAGAGGAGACGGGUCAGCAGCACAAACGGCCUCGCGUGGAGAGCAGCACCAGCAGUGCAGGGAACACGGAUGAACCCAUGGAGGAAGAAGCAGCGGCUGUCGUCCCAGGUGAGCUGCUAGAAAACGAAAAGACUGCAGAAGGAGAAAAGGCCAAAGAAAAAGAAGAGGAGGAGGAGGAGGUAGAGGAAAAGAGCACCGAUGAGGGAGGAGAGAAAGCUGAGAAAAAGGAAGAAAAGCAGAAGACGUCUGAUGAGCGAGGGCCUGAGAAGGUCACCACAGAGGAGACGCAAGAGGGAAAAGGGAGCCCAAAAAGUCCAAUCGUGGAAAAAAAGCAGAAGGACGCAAAGGAGCAGAAAGAUAAGGAGGCGGCCAAGAAAGCUCCAAUCAGCAGUUUCUUUGCUCCCAGAAAAGCAGCAGCGAAGACGGAGAAACCAGAGAAGAGUGACGGAGAGAAGAAGACGAGUGCCAUGAGGAAGAACUCAGAGGAAGACCGUAAAGAACCCAAAGGUGAUUCCACCCCAGGACAAACAGAGUUUGACCCCUCCAGGCCAAACUACCACCCUGUGGACCACGCCUGCUGGAAGCACAGCCAGAAAGUGCCGUACUUGGCAGUGGCUCGCACCUUUGAGAAAAUUGAAGAGGACUCUGGCAGGCUGAGGAACAUUGAGACUCUGUCGAAUCUGUUUCGCUCCGUGCUGCUGCUCUCUCCAGACGACCUGUUGUGCUGUGUGUACCUGUGCUUGAACCAGCUGGGCCCAGCCUACCUGGGGAUGGAGCUCGGCGUUGGGGAGACGGUGCUGAUGAAAGCGGUUGCCCAAGCAACUGGACGGCAGUUGGACAAAAUCAAAGCAGAGGCCCAGGAGAAAGGAGAUUUGGGCCUUGUGGCUGAAAGUUCCCGUAGCAACCAGCGGAUGAUGUUCCAGCCUGCCAGCCUGACAGUGGGGAGCGUUUUUAAGAAACUGAAGGAAAUUGCAAGCAUGAGUGGAAACUCGGCCAUGAAUAAGAAAAUCGACAUCAUCAAAGGCCUCUUUGUGGCGUGCCGCUUUUCAGAGGCCCGCUACAUCGUCAGGUCUCUGGCUGGGAAGCUGAGGAUCGGCCUUGCUGAGCAGAGCGUGCUCUCUGCUCUGAGCCAAGCUGUCUGCUUGACCCCACCUGGACAAGAUUUCCCUCCUGCUGUGAUCGAUGCGAGUAAGGGGAUGAGUGCCGAGAGCAGGCGGGCCUGGAUCGAAGAGAAGAGUCUCAUUCUCAAGCAGACGUACUGCGAAAUGCCCAAUUACGACAUCAUCCUCCCCGUUCUGCUAAAGGAGGGCAUUGACCAGCUCCCCAAUCACUGCAAGCUGACUCCAGGCGUCCCGCUGAGGCCCAUGCUGGCUCACCCCACUAAAGGUGUUGGAGAGGUUAUGAAGAAGUUUGACGAGGCGGCGUUCACCUGCGAGUACAAAUACGACGGAGAGCGCGCACAGAUUCACAUUCUGGAGAGCGGCGAAGUCCGAAUAUUCAGCCGGAAUCAGGAAGACAACACCAGCAAAUACCCCGAUAUCAUCGCUCGCAUUCCCAAGGUGAAGAAGGAAUCUGUGGUGUCCUGCGUCCUGGACUCAGAAGCUGUGGCCUGGGACCAUGAAAAGAAACAGAUCCAGCCCUUCCAGGUUCUCACCACUCGAAAGAGAAAGGAUGUGGAUGCCUCUGAGAUCAAAGUCCAGGUGUGUGUGUACGCCUUUGACCUCCUCUACCUCAACGGCGAGUCCCUGGUGCGACAGCCUUUGUGUCGGCGUCGGGCUCUGCUGAGGGACAGUUUCAUGGAGGUGGAGGGGGAGUUUAUGUUCGCCCGCUCCAUCGACAGCGACAGCACUGACGCCAUCGCCGAGUUCCUGGAGCAGUCCGUCCGAGACUCCUGCGAGGGCCUGAUGGUGAAAACUCUGGAGAAGGAUGCGACCUAUGAGAUUGCCAAGCGUUCCCAUAAUUGGCUCAAGUUGAAGAAGGACUACCUGGACGGCGUUGGUGAUACGGUGGACCUUUGCGUGAUCGGAGCCUAUCUGGGGAAAGGGAAAAGGACCGGCACCUAUGGUGGCUUCCUGCUGGCGUGCUACGACGAUGAAAACGAGGAGUUCCAGUCGGUUUGCAAGAUCGGGACAGGCUUCAAGGACGAAGAUCUGGAGCAGCAUUACAAGUUUUUGAAGGAGCACAUCCUGCCCAAACCUCGGGCCUAUUACCGCGUCGACCAAUCAGCCGAGCCCGACGUGUGGCUGGACGCCGUGCAGGUGUGGGAGGUGAAAUGUGCCGACCUCUCGCUGUCGCCCGUCUACAAGGCCGCCAUGGGACUGGUGGAUCCGGAGAAAGGCAUCUCUCUGCGGUUUCCCCGCUUCCUUCGGAUCAGAGAUGACAAGAAACCCGAGGACGCCACCUCUGGAUCUCAGAUGGCUGAUUUGUACAAGAAGCAGCAACAGAUUCAGAAUCAGGGGGAUAAGGCUGACCCGGAGGACUAUUACUGACGGUCUGCAGUCAUCAGCGGGGAUGAGGAAUGAUGAGAAUGUCAGUGUUGUUGUAAAUAUCUUCUUCUUUUUGAAUGAAAAUAAAGAGUCCUGAAAGCUUUAA